AUGUAUAGCGAUAGUGCUGGUGGCACCAACAAAGCUCGUUCAAACACUGAUCAUCAAAAGAUUGCUAAGCUAGAUCGAGAAAAUGAAGUAGCACCUCCGCAGAAACUUAGUUUGUCGGUCGGAAAGGCCAUUCAACAGGCUAGACAAGCCAAGGGUCUUACGCAGAAGGACCUUGGACAAAGAAUUAAUGAAAAGGCUAAUGUUAUUAAUGAUUACGAAAUGAGUCGUACCAUCCCUAAUCAACAAGUUCUAUCUAAGUUGGAGCGUGUGCUUGGUGUAAAGUUACGAGGAAAAAACAUUGGAGACCCGCUUCACUAA